CAAAAAUAUAAAUUGUGUUAACCAUAAAUGUUCUACCAUACCGAAUUUCAUGGCAUAAAAAAUUUUAUGUACAGUGGUAGAUAAUCCAUGCUAUUAAAUUUGCAUCUAUAAAAAAAAAAAAAAAUAUCCAAUUUUCCCGAUGUAUAUUUCAAUGUAUUAAUGUAGAUCAUUCAGUAUAUUAUGUCAAUAGUCUACAAUAUUUUUAAUUUGGGAAGUAUUGCAGUUAGGUAUUUCGUUAUUUAGUCAAUUUUCAUUUCCAAGCAUUCAGUGUUGUCGACGUCAUUCUUGGUUACUUUUACCGUGCGUUGUAGCGGGGAUAUCUGUUUAUGGUGGGCGGUUGCGCGGGGCUACCACUACCACUYCAUGUAAUCUCACUGCACACAAAAUGGCCGCUUAUUGUUUGUCUCGUACCGUUUUCCGCACACUCGUACACGUUCUUACCUUAACAUAUAUCGGUGUCCCUUUUAUUUUCGUUGAUCGAAAUCAAAUUUAAAUGUCUAUUUGAUUACCGAAUGUUGUCAAUUUUCAUGUUAAAUACUCUCGAUAAUUGUGGCCAUACGCGAAACGCACACAAUAUUGGCCGUGCCACUUCACCUCCUCACCUUGACUGCCCAUCACUGACCGUAUUUAUGUGAAGCGACGUUUUUUCCUGUAAUUUUUCAUUCUUCAAACAUUCGGUUUUUACUAUUAAUAUUGUCUUGUGACCCUUAUAUGAUUUUUUCUCUUCGGUUUUACGUUUUGAACUGCGGCCCUAAAAUUCACAAGAUUGUUUUAGCCACCCAAAAUGCAUCAGAAUGUGUCAGAAGAAGAAUCUUCAGAUUCUGAUCAAAAUAAUGAAAAUAAUUCAGGAUCAUCAUCAUCAAGUUCUGAAAGUCAAUCUGAGCACAGUGUUAAAGUGUCGCAAGAAGCUAACAGUUCUGAACAAUCAACUGAUGAAUAUAGUCCUUCAGAACGACCUAAACGUGUGACUAAACCAUCAUUAAAACUCAGUGAGAGUGGGGAAUCAAGUGAUUACAGUUCACGAGUCACAAAAAAUACAAAGUGGAAAAGUGAUAGCUCAAAUUAUGAUUCUGAAACCGAUAAAGAAGAAAUACCUCGUAGUAAAUCAUUAGCUGCAUUACGACGUCAAAAGCAACCUAUAAGGCGGCGUCCUGCAACCAAACAAAAUUCACGCUGUAAAAAAAAAAAUAACAGUUUUAGUGCUGAUAACAGUGAUGAUGAAGAUACUAGUAAAUCUAGAAAUGCACGUCGAAGACCCGUGGCAGUUAGUUAUAAAGAAGAAAGUGAAAAAAGUGAUAGUGAUGAUUAUUUGGAAAAAGAGGUUGAAGAAAAAGAAGAACCACCUGAUACUUCUGAAACAAUUGAAAAAGUUUUGGCUCGAAGACAAGGGAAAAAAGGUGCUACAGGAGAUGCAACAACUAUUUAUGCAGUUGAGGAGAAAGGAGAUCCUAAUAUCGAGUGUGAUCUCAGUGAAAAAGAGACUCAGUUUCUGAUAAAAUGGAAGGGCUGGUCAAAUAUUCAUAAUACUUGGGAGUCUAUGAACUCACUUUUGGCCCAAAAAGUUAAAGGGCUUAAGAAAAUUGAUAACUUUGUGAAACGUGAAGAUUCUAUUAGUGCAUGGCGUGAUCAAAUGACACCUGAAGAUUCUGAAUAUUAUGAAUGUCAACUUGAACUUCAGCAAGAUUUAUUAAAAAGCUACAAUAUUGUUGAAAGAAUAAUAGGAGAAUCUAAAAAUCCAGCACAAAAAGAGUAUUAUGUAAAAUGGCAAUCUUUGCCUUAUAGUGAUGCAACAUGGGAAGUAGCAUCAUUAAUUGAACGUAAGUGGCCUCAAAAAAUAAAAGAAUUCAGAGAUCGCGAGGGUUCAAAAAGAACACCUUCAAAAGCAUGUAGAGCUUUAAAAUAUCGUCCAAAAUUUGUUCAACUCACUGAAGAACCUGAAUAUUUUGGUGGUUAUGAUGAGAAACUGAUACUUCGAGAUUACCAAUUACAUGGUGUGAAUUGGCUUAUUCAUUCAUGGUGUAAAGACAAUUCUGUAAUUCUUGCUGAUGAGAUGGGUCUCGGAAAAACUAUACAAACUAUCUGUUUUUUGUAUUAUUUAUUUCACAAUUACCAAAUGCAUGGUCCAUUCCUAGUUGUUGUUCCUUUAUCUACUAUGCCCUCAUGGCAAAGAGAGUUCAGUUUAUGGGCUCCUGACAUAAACAUUGUAACAUAUAUUGGAGAUGUUGAAUCUCGUAAUAUAAUACGUGAAACAGAGUGGUGUUUUGAAAGUUCUAAAAGAUUAAAAUUUAAUGCUAUUCUUACCACAUAUGAAAUUGUCCUUAAAGAUAGUAUGCUAUUAAACAGUCUUAGUUGGGCUGUCUUAAUGGUUGAUGAAGCACAUCGCUUAAAAAAUGAUGAUUCUCUUUUGUAUAAAGCUCUUCAAGGUUUUGACACUAAUCAGAGGUUACUUAUAACUGGAACUCCUUUGCAAAACAGUUUGAAAGAACUAUGGGCAUUGUUGCACUUCAUUAUGCCUGGAAAAUUUGAUAACUGGGAAGAGUUUGAGCAUAUGCAUGAUAAUGCAGCUAGUAAAGGUUAUACAAAACUUCAUAGACAACUUGAACCAUACAUUUUACGCCGUGUUAAAAAGGAUGUAGAAAAGUCACUACCAGCCAAAGUUGAACAAAUUUUAAGGGUAGAAAUGACUCCUGUACAAAGAAAAUAUUACAAAUGGAUUUUGACCAAAAAUUAUAAUGCUUUAAGAAAAGGAUCUAAGGGAUCAUCAACAACGUUCUUAAAUAUUAUGAUAGAAUUAAAAAAGUGUUGUAAUCAUGCUCUGUUGACCAAACCCCAAGAGAAUGAAAACACAGCUGAUGACAAUCUUCAGGGUUUAUUACGAGGCUCUGGAAAACUUAUGCUACUUGAUAAGUUAUUAGUACGUCUGAAAGAAACUGGCCACCGAGUAUUGAUUUUUUCACAGAUGGUUCGCAUGCUAGAUAUUCUUGCUGAAUAUUUAAGUUAUCGACAUUUACCAUUCCAAAGACUUGAUGGUAGCAUUAAAGGUGAUAUAAGAAGACAAGCAUUAGAGCAUUUUAAUGCUGAGGGAUCUCAAGAUUUUUGUUUUCUAUUAUCAACUCGAGCUGGUGGACUUGGUAUUAAUUUAGCCACAGCAGAUACAGUUAUUAUAUUUGAUUCGGACUGGAAUCCUCAAAAUGAUUUACAAGCCCAGGCACGUGCUCAUAGGAUUGGACAGAAGAAUCAAGUUAAUAUUUAUCGACUGGUUACAAAAGGAUCAGUUGAAGAAGACAUUGUAGAAAGAGCAAAGCAGAAAAUGGUUCUGGAUCAUUUGGUAAUUCAACGAAUGGAUACUACUGGUCGUACUGUUUUAGACAAAAAAGCAAAAAAUGCAUCAAUUCCUUUUAACAAAGAUGAGCUUACAGCUAUAUUAAAAUUUGGGGCUGAAGAAUUAUUUAAAGAUGACCCUGGAGCUGAUGAAGAACCUAUAUGUGACAUUGAUGAUAUUUUGAGAAGAGCUGAAACUCGAGAUGAAGCUCCGACAACUGUGGGUGAUGAACUUUUAUCUGCCUUUAAAGUGGCUAGUUUUACUUUUGACGAAGAAAAAGAUAUUGCUGAUAAGUCACCUAGUGCUCAAAAUGAACAAGAAAAUAAAGAAUGGGAUGAAAUAAUACCUGAAACACUAAGAAAAAAAGUUGAAGAUGAAGAAAAAGCAAAAGAAAUGGAAGAUCUUUAUUUACCUCCUAGAAGUAGAAAAACGUUACAAAAAGUGAAUCAAGGAGAAGGAAAAAGUGAAAAAUCAAAGAAAGACGAAUCUGAUGAUUCUAGCUAUGAUGGCAGUGAUGAAGAUCAACCAAGAAAACGUGGAAGACCACGUGUUGGCACUAAAGAAAUUGUAAAAGGUUUCACCGAUGCAGAAAUUCGAAAAUUUAUUAAGAGUUGUAAACGUUUUCCUAAUCCUAUGAAACGUAUUGAUGCUGUAGCUGGUGAUGCAGAUCUUCAAGAGAAGCCUAAAUCAGAGUUAAAAAAAUUAGUUCAAAUGUUAUAUGACCGUUGUAAUGAAGCAUGUAAUAGUGAGCACACUGAAAAAGAAUCUGAUGCUACUAAUGAAGAUGGUGUUAAAAAAAGAAAUAGGGGACCUUCAAUAAAACUUGGUGGUGUGGCAGUUAAUGCUAAAAGUGUGUUAGCUUGUAGUGAAGAAUUGGAUGUUUUGGAUGAUAUAAUACCAUUAGAUGAAGAGGAAAGAUCUAAGUUCACUUUAGAUUUGAAACGUGUCAAAUCAGCAAAUUUUGAUUUUGAUUGGGAUAUAACUGAUGAUUCAAAAUUGUUAAUAGGAAUUUAUCUAUAUGGUUUAGGUUCAUGGGAAGCAAUUAAAAUUGAUACUGCAUUAGGCCUCAGUGACAAAAUACUAUCUAAUGAAGAUAAGAAACCUCAAGCUAAACACUUAUUAGCUCGUGCUGAAUAUCUACUGAAGAUGUUGAAAAAAAAUCAAGUAGUAGUUAAAGGUGAGCCAAAACCUAAGAAAGUACGUAAGGUAAAAGAAGGAAAAUCUAGAGAAAUAAUUGAUGACGAUAGUACUGACAAUGAAAAUGGAAAUAAAAAGAAAAAUGAUACUGCUACUAAUCAGGAAGAAAAAUUAAAAACAAAAAAAGAUUUGAUCAAUGCAAAAUCUGGUCUAAAUAGUUCACCAAAAAAAGAAAAAAAACGUAAAGUUGUUGCUAAAACAGGUCCAAUGCAUUUUACUGCUAAUAGUGAACCUAAGGCUGUUAAUGUGGAUGAUAUUGUUGAGUUGCCAAAAGAAAAGUUUUUAGAGUGUAAAGAAAAAAUGAGGCCAGUGAAGAAAGUAUUAAAAGCUUUAGAUGAUCCAGAAGAAAAGAAAAAUGAAUUACGUUAUGUAAAUCAUAUGCAGGAAUGUUUAAUAGAAAUUGGAUCCCACAUUGGUAAAUGUUUAGAAGAAUUUAAGGACCCAGAUAAAAUAAGAGAAUGGAGAAGCAAUUUGUGGUUUUUCGUCUCCAAGUUUACUGAAUUUGACUCUAAGAAACUACUUAAAAUUUAUCGGCGAGGAUUACAUACAACAGAAAAACUUGAAAAAGAUAACAAAAUAAAAGAUAGAAAUAAAAACAAAGAUAAAAUUAGGGAUAAAUCUAAAGAAGAUAAAAAACUUCUAAAAAAUCAGAUGGAAUCUGAAGAUUCAUUAAAACGAAAACGUGAUAGUGAUGAUAUAGAAAAAUCAAACAAAAAAAAGAUGAGCUCAAACAAUAAUUCAGGUGGUUUAUUAACUACUCCAACUUCUGUUCUAACUACACCUCCAAGUUCUAGUAAUUCCUCCAAUGCUACAAGGUCAUAUGAUCAAAGCAGUAAUCGAUAUGAUACAAAUUAUAAUCAUCAUAGAAAUAGGAGUACACCCUAUUCUAGGAAUGAUAAUCGAAAUGAUACACGGAGUGAUGCUCGAAGUGAUAAUAGAAGGUUUUCAUCUAGUCGUGACUCUAACACCAGGCGUGAAAGGUAUGACAAUAGUUAUCGUAGUCGUCCAGCAUUCAGGGAAAGAGAAAGGGAUAUUGAUUCUGAUAUGCGAAUGUAUGAUAAAAUUAGGUAUCAACAACAGGCUUAUGCUGCAUACGGACAAGCUGCUGCAGCUAGUUUUUAUGCUCCCGAAUUGUAUAGUAGCCGCUCAAGUUCUGCAUCAUAUAUGAGCUUACCUCAAUAUAGUGUUUCUUCUGAUUGGCAUCCUCCUGUAUCAGAAUAUAGGAGAGAUUAUGAACGCAGACCUCGAAACAAUUCCUAGCUAUGUUUUGUUUUCUAUUAUAUAAGUAUUAAAAUAUUUAAAACUAUACUUAUCACCUUGAAUUUAAAAAAAAAUGCGUCUAUAUA